GAAGGGGAGCUGGGGUGAUUUCCCAGUGGGCGGGAUUGAGGCUUGAAGCGGUAGGAAAAUAGGCACCGCCAGGCCUAGGGUGAGGGGAGGACCGAGGACAGCAGGUGGGCAAGGGAGAAGCGAGAGGGCUCGGGGCGCCAGGGCUGAGGCUCUGGGCGUGGCAUCACUCUCGGUCCCUCUGCUGCGGGCGGCGAGCAGGAGAGUGCAGUGUGUGGAAAGGGAUGCUGGGAUGAGGGGUGUGGGCUGGCAGGCGAAAGAUGCUGGAGGUCGAAUGGGGAGGGGUCUGCAGAAUCGCCUGUGCAGAAGGAAGCUGGAGCGAAAACCGUGAGGCAGGGAAUUCGGCCUCCACCUGCUGAAUACAGAGCUGUGCUGAGGAAGGCGCUGGCUUGGAGAAGUUGCCAGAGCUCUGCCAGCUGACCCUCAGCCUGCACCUUCAGGACUCAUGGCUUCUUCUGGCCCCGGAGGCCCAGACAGUGGGCAUCACCUGGGGUCCUCCUCUCUUUGGAAAAAAAAGAGGCUCCCUGGGGAUUCCAGCAGCCACUGAGGCUGAGGACUCUCAGACUUUUAGGAGACCCAUGGAGACUCACUUCCUCCCGGGUCCUCUUCCCAAAACACCCACCCUGGGACCCCCUUGGACUCAAGCCCACCAGGCCACCAGGACAAAUGGCCACUGAGACCUUCAACACUGGAGACCCAGGUGUAACCCUGGCUUCCUAAUCAGUCCCAGACGUGGGACAGGACUUAAGUUUUCUCAGAAGAAGUGCCAAGGAUCUUUAAAGGGCACCUUUGAUCUCCUUCAGCCUCUCCCUCCCAGACACAGCACCAGGAGGAAACAUCCAGCAGGCAUGGGUGAGAGAGACACAAAAGAUCUGCAGGAACUCUUCCAGGACCUGCUGGCAGCUGACCCAGCCCCAUCCUUGUCCCCUCCCUUUCUCAGGUUUUGAUCAUCAUUCCAGACCCUGGGAGACCUCAACUGGGUGUCUCGCCCCCUAGGCUCCGGAAGGGGACCUCCCGUGGAUCUCAGGAAGCCCUCUGGUGCUCAGAGGCUCCUGGGAAAGUCUCUAGCCAUGAUACCACAUGCUCAGAAGCUCCACCUUCACAGACUCUGGCCCCAGAUGUAGCUGCCCUCCUGUGUCACAGACUCUCGAUUCCAUGGACACAGUCCUCAUGGGCUCCCUCCAGCACUGCUGUUGCCAGCUGCCUAAGAUGGGUGACACUUGGGCCCAGCUUCCCUGGCCCGGGCCACCCCAACCGGCAAUGCUGCUGGUCUCCCUCCUCUUGGCAGCCGGGUUGAUGCACUCGGACGCUGGCACCAGCUGCCCAGUCCUUUGCACAUGCCAUAACCAGGUGGUGGAUUGCAGCAGCCAGCGGCUAUUCUCCGUGCCCCCAGACCUGCCAAUGGACACCCAAAACCUCAGCCUGGCCCACAACCGCAUCACAGCGGUGCCGCCUGGCUACCUCACAUGCUACAUGGAGCUCCGGGUGCUGGAUUUGCGCAACAACUCCUUAAUGGAACUGCCCCGGGGCCUCUUCCUCCAUGCCAAGCGCUUGGCACACUUGGAUCUGAGCUACAACAACUUCAGCCACGUGCCAGCCGACAUGUUCCAGGAGGCCCAUGGGCUGGUCCACAUCGACCUGAGCCACAACCCCUGGCUGCGGAGGGUGCACCCCCAGGCCUUCCAGGGCCUCGUGCAGCUCCGAGACCUGGACCUCAGCUAUGGGGGCCUGGCCUUCCUCAGCCUGGAGGCUCUUGAGGGCCUACCGGGGCUGGUGACCUUGCAGAUCGGCGGCAAUCCCUGGGUGUGUGGCUGCACCAUGGAGCCCCUUCUGAAGUGGCUGCGAAACCGGAUCCAGCGCUGUACAGCAGAUUCUCAGCUGGCUGAGUGCCGGGGCCCCCCUGAAGUCGAGGGCGCCCCGCUCUUCUCACUCACUGAGGAGAGCUUCAAGGCCUGCCACCUGACCCUGACUCUGGACGAUUACCUAUUCAUUGCAUUCGUGGGCUUCGUGGUCUCCAUCGCCUCUGUGGCCACCAACUUCCUCCUGGGCAUCACCGCCAACUGCUGCCACCGCUGGAGUAAGGCCAGUGAAGAGGAAGAGAUCUGACACGCCUGCCUCUCAUCCCUCCAUGCUGCUGACCGCCACAACCACUGGCCACCAGACACCCUCCCUGACUGCCCACUCUGGUUCCAUGGUGACCUGGCUGCCUCAGUCAUGGUUCAAGCAAGGGGGAGACACUCACUUUGGAUGAGCAUCUGCUUUGGGCUAGGCGGUGCCCUAGGAACUGGGAACGUCGGAUGAAUUGACUCAGUCCUUGCCCUCAAGGCACUUCCCUCUGGUCAAGGAGAGAGAUCCAAAACUAUUCCCUUUAAGACUAUAUGUCAGGACUCUGAGCACGCCAUUAUGGAGGCCCAGAGGAGGAGCCAUCAUGUGUGUCUAGCAAUGUCCAUGAGAAUUAUAAGAUUAGUGUGAUUUGUGAACUGGGUCAUCAGGAAAUAUCUACUUCGUCAGGUAGGCAAAGAAGGGUGUCUGCAAAUGGCAGAGGCCAGAAUAUGCAUAGUGUGCUGUGUUGAGAAGAGUGAACAGUUCCUGGUCACUUACUUGUAUAGAGGGGGUGUGGCACAGAACUCAAACCUACCCCCCACCUCCUGACACUAAAACUGUCAGCUCUCAGCAAUGCCAGCCACUGCCUCCAGGGAGUAAGAACACCUCCAUACCAGCCCCUGGCCUCCUUCCACCAGCAGCGACCAGGUGAGACCACCUCCCAGUGACUGCCCCCAUAUGACCAAUUGUCACCAGUUGGUGAGGUCCCAGGCAGCAGGCUGAGGAUGGACACUGUCAAUGCCCUUUCACCUGCCUCUCACUCAAGCUUGGCUUCAGAAGAGAGAGGCAGGAGGCCCAGCAACUGGGGGAGCAAGAGUCCUGGCACCUUGGGACCCUAAUCGUGUGACUGUUCUUGCCACAGUGCUCAUGCCACAGGGUCUCACCAGGAAAGUGCACGGUGGGCCACAGACCCACCUGGCAGCACCUGGCAGUAACCUGGCAGCAACCUGGCAGCACCCAGAGCUAAAAGGGGACAAAGGCAGCACAGUUACGACCAUAUGAGGCUUUGCGUUUUCUUCUAAGCAACUUACCCACGUUAAGCAUAAGGGUGAGAGAGCUGUUAAAUACUAAGCCCUUGGCAGUGUCAGGCACUGUGAAAAGCUCUCUCCACAAACCGUUCCCUUUAACACACACACACAAAUCUUUUGAGGUGAACGCUGUUGUUCCCAUUUUAUGGAUGAGGCAAUUAAGGCUCAGAGAGGUUGAAGUCAUAUGCCACUAUGAGCACGAUAAAGUCCGUGCUCUUUCUACUGCCCCAUCUAAGUUUUGGAACAUCACCACUUCCUCUAGAGUUAUAUAAAUUCAAAUUCAACUAGAGCUGACAAAGUUCCUCAUAAGGUCCAGGCACUCCUCUGGGCACUUUUAUAUCUAUUGACUCACUUCUUUCAAUUGUCACAGCAACACUGCCUGGUGGCUUUUUAUUAUCCCCAUUUGACCGAUGAAUUAAUCUUAGAGAGUUGAGUGACUUACCCAAGGUUGUCUGGAUAAGCCCUAGGAGGAAAGCGGUAGGCAGCUCCAUUCAGGGAAACUGCAUCUAAUCAGUCAGUCAAAAAUCAAGUAACUUUACGAGCAAAGCACAAUUAUCAUAUUAUCAUCGUUGUCUUCCUCGUCAGUUUUGUCAGUGUCAUCAUUAUCUGCCCUCUAUUUGUUCAGCACUGGAUAGUUCAUGAGUAUUUUUGCAUCAUUCUCCUUGACUUUUCACAACCCCGUGCAGGAGGUAAAUCAAACAUCGGUAAUCCUGUUUUACAGAUGGAGAAAAAAAGUCUCAAGGUUGGGUAUGACUUGUCUAUGUGACAAGGUUGGGACUCAACCCAAACACGGUUCUCUUUCCAGUACUUUCCCAAGUGCUUGGGGAAGAGAAUGCCUCAGAGGGCUGGGUAGUGGGGCCCUGGAAUUCAGUAUCCAUGAAUGUGCUAGUGGAUCAGCUAAAUAGAAGGUAGUCAAACCCAUCUGCUGUACAGAUUGAACUAUGCUCAUGGUAGGGCAAAUUGCAGGCUCUGAAACAGAAACUACACAGGUAACAUCUGAAUAGGAGACUCCUGCUUCACAGUGUGUAGAUAAAACAUCAGCAGGGGUGACCAUGGUGGCAAGUCAUGUGAAAAGUAAGAUCUUUGGGAAUCAAGAAAGGAAGUUUUGUUAACCACUCCUACUCAAGCCCUGCUGUGUGUGUUGCAAGAGAUAAUAAGAGAGCAAGAAGGCUACAGGUGAGAACCCCUGCAGUUUAGGAGAACAUGAAGGCACAGUCCAACAUGCUGAGAAGUCUGGCCAGGAGAAGAAUUAAAACAGGGACUUUCCACCUACCUUGUCCCAAGCUCCAGCAGUAUUGCAUCAUCCUAUCCUCCUGGAAAGCCUGAAAGGAAUGAAGGAGGCUAAUAUAUCAUCUUCCAGGAAGGCAUCCCUCACUCAUGCUUCCCUGAGCUAGUCAAGCGAAAGAGUCUUCAGAAACUGCUAGACCUGAAGUACUUGAACCCGUGUCCCCUGAAUCUUGCUUACAACAUCUGGGACAAAUCCCUGGCCCUGUGACAUCCAAAGCAGAACUGUGCCCUGCUCUCUCCUUCUAUGAUGACCAAGGAUGGUGAACUCAAGCUGUUCUCUACAAGCCAGGCCGGCAACCUAAAUACUUGGAGAGGAACUUUUAGAAACUUUAAUCCUGACAAAAUAGAAAAGUUUCCCAUAGAGGGAUACCAUAAUACUAUAAUAACCUCCUAGGAACUAUUGUUUGCCAAAAUAUAGUUAAUAUAUUUUAAGACACAUGCUUUUUUGCAUAGGACUAGAACCAAAAAAGACACCAAACGCCCCCUUGACAUCAAUGUCCUUUCUGGCGGGACAAUUUGGUCUCCAUCAAAGCCAAACCCUUCUGAGCAGGACACAUGGCUUUUAAAGGAGAGAUGUUUCUCCUGCUGCUAGAGGUCCCUCAGUUUAUUAGAGCACAAUGAGGAAAGUAUUCAACCUCCCUACUGCCAAGGAAUUCCCUGCUUCUACCCGACUGCCAUCAUCUUGUCCAAGCUAUCAGAAGCAAGCUUCCAGAGAUAAUCUAGCAAUCCUGAUUGGAAUUGCUCCCACAUCCCUGGUGACCACAGGCUUCGUUCAGAUUGUCCAAACUGGUUAACGUGUAUGUAAUGGGGUAUCAUCUGCAUGUCCGUCUGUGAGGUUCCUUGUAUGUUGGCUGUCUGCUGACGUGGGACAGAUCUCUCUGGAAUUUGGGUUCAGUUCUCUGACAUACUGCACUCAGCCAUAGGCCGAGUGGCUAAAUAUGCAUAAGUAAACAUGCCUAAAUAGGCAUAUUUAGGUUGAUGCAAAAGUAAUUGCAGUUUUUGCCAUUAAAAGUGAUAGCAAAAACCGCAAUUCUUUUGCACCAAACUAAUAUUACAUUGUUUGAUAGAUUAAGAUGGAAUCCUACCAGGUUUAGGGCAGGACUGGAUACUCAAAAAAUAAAGAAGAAGAAAAAUCUGUGGCAGAGGCAUCCCAAUGAGAACCUGACUUCUCCCUGCUUCCCUCUGCUCUCUCCUGCCCCUCAGAGACUUGCCCUCAUUGCAGAAGCUUCCUCCAUGCCGGGCCAGAGGAUAUCAACGUUCAGCUUGGUCAAGAUUUGGGCCAAUAAAAUUUCUUUUUAAAAGAACCCUCAUAUCUGAAUCAUACCACUUUGGGCCAGUUAUCUCUGGUCACUCUCAGACAAACCCUCAUCUCUCUUUCUCCAUUCCUAGAGGAAUUCCCAGGGAACUUUGCAGAAAUAGGUCUCCAGAGUUGCUAUAGAGGCUCAUGGCUCCUUUCAAGGAGGGACAUGUAUGAAAUUUGAACAGAUCAAGAGAGGUGUUUGUCUUCAACCAUGGGGGAAGACCUGCAGCUUCCAUUUUCCCCUACAGGUGUCUGUGCUGACAUCCUUUCCAGCAGUAGAAGAGUAAAAAGAUAUAUCUUAAUCCAUUCCUCAAAAGGACAUCUUCCUAAAGCCAGAGAAAAUUGUCUGCUCUUCCCCACCCCAGGAAGAGGCAAAAGGGAAGUGAGGGCGUCACAAGGUCCUUUGUAAAUCACUAUUGUGUUUGUCACAGCACUGGGCGGAGAGCUGGAUCCACAGAGCUCUCAGUUUUUCUAAGCACUGUCCUGUAAUGUGCUAAUGUCUGGGGGUGGGAGGGCUGGGGAGGGGUGGGGUUAGAGGGAAGAUGUCAAUCUUUGUAUGGAGAUGAUUUUAUAACCAUGUACUUUUGUAACUGUGAAGAAUUUUUCAUAAAUGUACAUUAAUAAUAAAGAGUGUAUAGUUUAACAAAUUUUCCUAAGAGCUGUGAAGAGGGAGAGGGAGAGGGAGGGAGGUAGAGAAAGAAAGAGAGAAAGGAACUAGGCGGAACCAAGAGAAUGUGUGCCAAAAUAUACACACAAAAGGUCUAUGGGAGGGAGUGGAUGGGAAUAAUUAGGAGAUGUGCCAGCCAUGGAGGGGCAUGUGUGGGAGUUGAAGGAACAUCACAGAAGUAUAUUUCUACCAGGCAAAAAAAGAAUACGCGUGUGUCUGUAUGCACAUACCCCUCUGUGUAGGCAUAUUUUGGUGCCUGAAAUUACACAAAGAAGAGAGCAUAUGUCUUAUACAUGUUGAUGUUUGCAGCUUGGGUCGUCCAUAAAACAUGCCAAGGCAAGUGGGUGUGCCUGCCUAGUUAGCAUCACUGAAGGGUGUGUGAUAGGGAGAUGGCAUGGACAAAAAGACAUUAACUCAGGCAUGCAGGUAAAUCAGGCAUCUAAAUGCAUGGUGUGGGGGCUGGAUGAGGCCAUCGCUGGUAUAAGUUCAGCCUCUGUUCUCAUAGCUUAAUAAAGAAGGGAAAGGAUUCUAAACCUCCUGGGUUUUGCAAGUGUUGCCUAUACACCAUCAGAAGUGAGAUGCCUUGGCAGUGUACCUUGAGAACAGGGACAGGAAAAGAAGGAAAGUGUACUUCUGUAGGUACAAUGGCAGCUGUUUUUAUCUUAGUAUUCUAAGUAGGAAGUGGCUGUAAGGAAGUCAAUCCAAGCAGGAAGUGGCUCUGAGCAGAAAGUAGUUCCUUCCAGCAAUAGGGAUGUUAACCUCCCUCUAUUCCUCCCACUCCAAUUGCCGCAGGGUACAAACAAAUACUGCACUCACAGCCUCUAAAUGGAACACGGAUACUGACUCAGAACACUCAGCUAAACAGAGAACAUCUUCAACUGUAAUCAGUGUAUUCUAGAGUAGAUUAGAGGGAGACAAAACCCUUCUCUUCAAAUUAAGUAUUUAAUGGAGACUAUGCUGAACAAGUGCAAGAUCAAAAAUAAGGCUCCUGAAAUAGCAGACAUCUCACGGAAGACCAGAUCUUGCAUAUCUCAUUCAAUGCUGUUCAUAGUGCCAAGCAACUGAUGAUGAUCAUCAUCAUAUAACAUUUACUGAUCACUUACUAUGUGCCAGCUGCUCUGCUAAGCACUAUAUAUGGAUUAAUUUACUUAAUUUUCACAAAAACCCAAGGUAAGUACUAUUACUAUUUCUGUUUUGCAGAUGAGGCAACUGAGGCACAAACAAGCUAACAUGUGCUUAAGGUCACAUAGCUAGUAAGUAGUUGAUCUGAGUUUAGACACUCAGUAAUACUUGGUGACUGGCUAACUUCAGAAGACAAGAACAAUGUGGGCCAUAAGAGAAAAUUCAGUCUCAGUCAAAAGUAGGGUUUUAGCCACAGAGGUUUAUUAGUUUAUUAGUUUAUUUUCACGCUGCUAAUAAACACAUACCUGAGACUGGGAAGAAAAGGAGGUUUAAUUUGGCUUAUAGUUCCACAUGGCUGGGAGGUCUCAUCAUCAUGGCGGAGGGUAAAAGGCACUUCUUACAUGGCAGCAGCAAGAGAG